GACAGCAGCAGUUCUGCCUUUUCACCGACUUUGUCCCAACAUUCCUCACUCCAAAGUCCAAGUUGAUCUAAAAUCGAAGAAGAAACAUAGCUGCAACCAUGAAGGAAGCCGUCGUCUCCAAGGGACCUAAAGUCCAGAUCAUCGACUCUCCAUUCCCCUCCCCAGGAGCAGACCAGGUGGUCAUCAAGGUGAUUGUCAGCGGUUCGAACCCGAAGGACUGGAAAGUGCCCAACUUCGUUGACUACGCUUCCAAUCAAGGUGACGACAUCGCGGGCAUCGUGCACGCAGUUGGCGACAAUGUUACCGAGUUCAAGGCUGGCGAUCGCGUCGCUGCUUUCCAUGAGAUGAUGUCACCACAUGGGAGCUACGCGGAAUAUGCGGUUGCGUGGCAGCAUACCACGUUCCACAUCCCAAAGACGACGACGUUUGAGGAAGCGUCAACUCUCCCCCUCGCUGCCAUGACCGCGGCCGUCGGCCUGUACCAGCGCCUGGGACUCCCCGUUCCAUGGCGCCCGGCGACCGCUCCGACUCCGCUGGUCAUCUACGGCGCUGCCUCCGCCGUUGGUGCCUUCACCCUUCAGUUCGCGCUCAAGUCGAACAUUCACCCGCUGAUCUGCGUGGCCGGACGCGGCGCAUCAUUCGUCGAGUCGCUCAUCGACCGCAGCAAGGGCGACACGGUCGUCGACUACCGGUCCGGCGACGAGGCAGUCGUGAAGGGCAUCCGCGACGCACUGCAGGGCCAGAAGCUUCAGUACGCGUAUGACGCGGUGAGCGAGCAUGGCAGCUACCAGAACCUCGGCCAGGUACUGGAGCCGAAUGGGAAGAUCACGUUAGUGUUGAUGGGAAAGAAAUUCGAGGGGAUUCCCGCGACCGUGGAGCAGAGCAUCACGAAAGUGGCGGUGGUGCAUAAUGAAGAGAAGGACUUUGGAUACGUGUUCUUCAGGUUGAUUGGGAAGGGAUUGGCGGACGGCUGGUUCAAGCCACAUCCACAUGAGGUCAGAAAGGGUGGACUGGCGGGCAUUGAAGGCGCUUUGACUGAUUUGUUGGAUGGCAAGGCGAGUGCGGUGAAGUAUGUGUUUAGAAUUGCAGACACCGAGGGACUGGAGAAGUCGAGUCUGUGAGGGGAUAGACAGGCACGAGGCUCUCUAUUAGGUCUAAUACACCGAGUACCAUAGCUACAAAAUCUAGCUACCGGAAAUAUGCAUCCUGACGAGGUCGUUUGACCCCUUUUCCUUCAGCCGAUUCCCAGUGCC